AAGUCUGAGCACGAAACUCACUCCUCAAACACACACACAGAGACAGGGCAAGAAACCACAGCGCCUAUCGGCCUGUCGUCAUCGAGCAGACUAGAAGAGCACAGAGAACUCUAGGCAGAGAGGAAAUGAACUUGAGAGAAGGGGGAACACAGGCCGAGAGGAGCGCCAGAGGGCGGGAGAGGUGGAGAGCGGCCGGAUGGUGGGAGGAUGGACGAGGCCGCAGUGAGGCAAGGCUUCUUGUACCUUCAGCUGCAGCAGACUUUUGGUGGCAAGAAAUGGCGCCGCUUCGGGGCAGCGCUGUACCCCGAGUCGGGCUGCGCCCUGGCCCGCCUGGAGCUGCUGGAGGGCCCCGAGAAGCCGCGGCGGGGCGAGGCGGCGCGCCGGGUCAUCCGCCUGAGCGACUGCCUGCGGGUGGCCGAGGCGGGCGGCGACACCGGCAGCCCCCGCGACACCAGCCCCUUCGUCCUGGAGACCAAGGAGCGCCAGUACCUGCUGGCCGCGCCCGCCGCCGAGCGCGCGCCCUGGGUGCAGGCCAUCUGCCUGCUGGCCUUCCCGGGCCAGCGGAAGGACGCGCCGGGCCCCGACGGCCAGGGCCGGCCCUGCAUGGCCGAGAACGAGCUCUACGGCAGCCGCGACUCAGUGCUCUCCUGUAAGGAGUUUGCUGUGACCGUGAGACCCACAAAAGCGAGUGAGAGGUGCCGGCUCCGGGGGUCCUAUACCCUGCGGGCUGGGCAGGGUGGCCUGGAGCUGUGGCGAGGCCCCGAGCCGGGCACCCUGCUCUACAACUGGCCCUACAGGCUCCUGCGGCGCUUUGGCCGGGACAAGGUCACCUUCUCCUUUGAGGCCGGUCGACGCUGCGACUCCGGAGAAGGCACCUUUGAAUUCGAAACCCGGCAAGUCAGCGAGAUCUUUCAGGCCCUGGACGAGGCCAUCGCUGCCCAGAAGAACGCACCCCCCGCUACCGCACCCCAAACCCAGCCAGCCCCGGUCCCCACAGCGCUCCCCGUGGCGCUGCCCCUGCCGGAGAGUCCCUACUCCCGCCCCCACGACUCACUGCCGCCCUCUUCGCCCACGGUGUCAGUGCCCGCCGCCCGGUCCCGGGGCUCUGAGGGGGAGUAUGCCGUGCCCUUUGACGCUGUGGCCCGGAAUCUGGGGAAGAGCCUGAGGGGCAUCUUGGCAGGCCAUCCAAAGUCCCUGGGUGACCCUUUUUAUGACAGCAUCGAGGAGCAUGCACCCCUGGGACCGGACCACAUCUAUGAUGAGCCUGAGGGCAUGGCAGCCCUGGCCCUGUAUGACAGGCCCCAGGAGCCCCAAGGCGAGGCCUGGAGGAGGCACGCUGCCCCUGAGAGGGACCUGAGUGGCCUCCAGCAUGUGUACCCAGCGGGGCAGGAGCUCUGUGCUGCUGACUGGUCACAGGACACUGAGUACGACAAUGUUGUGCUUAGGAAAGGCCCCAAGUGAAGGGUGGGGUCGGGUGCCUGUGUAGCUGCCUCAGGUCACUUGAAGCCCCUGGCUACUACAUCCCUAAAAUGUCCCUCUGGGCCUAUUCCGCCUAUUCCCGGCAGAGACAUUGUCCCUCAGGGCCCAUGACAUGACUCACCCUCUAGAAGCAGAAAACCUGCCCAGACCCACCCACUCUUCUACUCCUUUUCCACUUCCUCUUCUCCCCUCCCCCGCCCUGUUGCAGAACCACAGGCAUUUAGGGCAGAGGACAAGGGACAAAACUCCAUCAGCAAAUCGCUGGGGCCUUGGCUUGCACCAGCACUCCCUGGGGAGAGUGGCUUCUCGGGGCAUUCAGUGUUCCUGGACUGGGCCUGAGUGAUAGUCCAGUGGAUAAGGUGCUGGCCGUGCAUGCAGCUGGC